AUGAAGGUUCUGUUCUUUAACCCGUGGGCGCUGCAGAUGAAGGUUCUGUUCUUUAACCCGUGGGCGCCGCAGAUGAAGGUUCUGUUCUUUAACCCGUGGGCGCUGCAGAUGAAGGUUCUGUUCUUUAAACCGUGGGGGCCGCAGAUGAAGGUUCUGUUCUUUAAACCGUGGGGGCCGCAGAUGAAGGUUCUGUUCUUUAACCCGUGGGGGCCGCAGAUGAAGGUUCUGUUCUUUAACCCGUGGGCGCCGCAGAUGAAGGUUCUGUUCUUUAACCCGUGGGCGCUGCAGAUGAAGGUUCUGUUCUUUAACCCGUGGGCGCUGCAGAUGAAGGUUCUGUUCUUUAACCCGUGGGCGCCGCAGAUGAAGGUUCUGUUCUUUAAACCGUGGGCGCUGCAGAUGAAGGUUCUGUUCUUUAAACCGUGGGCGCUGCAGAUGAAGAUGAAGGUUCUGUUCUUUAACCCGUGGGCGCUGCAGAUGAAGGUUCUGUUCUUUAACCCGUGGGCGCUGCAGAUAAAGGUUCUGUUCUUUAACCCGUGGGCGCUGCAGAUGAAGGUUCUGUUCUUUAACCCGUGGGCGCCGCAGAUGAAGAUGAAGGUUCUGUUCUUUAACCCGUCGGCGCUGCAGAUGAAGGUUCUGUUCUUUAACCCGUGGGCGCCGCAGAUGAAGGUUCUGUUCUUUAACCCGUGGGCGCUGCAGAUGAAGGUUCUGUUCUUUAACCCGUGGGCGCCGCAGAUGAAGGUUCUGUUCUUUAACCCGUGGGCGCUGCGAUGA